CUCCCGCUAUGGCUGCGCUGCGGAGGCUUUUGUGGCCGCCGCCCCGGCUGCCGCCCCCGCUGUCCCCUCACCAGCCCUUUCUGGGGCCACCGGGGCGGCCUGCGGGGACGGUCCCGGGUUUCCCUGGCCGGCCCUUCUCCAGCCGGGAGGAUGAGGAGGGUGCUGUGGCGGAGGCUGCUUGGAGGCGGCGGCGGCGCUGGGGGGAGCUGAGCAUCGCGGCGGCGGCCGGCGGGGGUCUCGUCGGCCUCGUGUGCUACCAGCUGUACGGGGACCCCAGGGCCGACUCACCGCGGGGGCUGGCGCCGGGGCGCCCCUGCGAGAGCGCGGCCGCAGAGCCCGAGGAGGCGCUCCGCGCCCGGGGGCUGCUUCCCAUCCCGGUCGCUGCUGCCAAGGAGACGGUUGCUAUUGGCAGAACAGACAUUGAAGACUUAGACCUGUAUGCUACGUCUCGGGAGAGACGAUUUCGUUUAUUUGCUUCUAUAGAGUGUGAAGGACAGUUAUUCAUGACUCCCUAUGAUUUUAUUUUGGCUGUUACAACAGAUGAACCCAAAUUUGCUAAAACAUGGAAGUCACUUUCCAAACAGGAAUUAAAUCAAAUGCUCUCAGAAACACCUCCAGUUUGGAAAGGGUCAUCGAAGCUAUUUCGAAGUCUUAAAGAAAGAGGUGUGAUUUCUUAUACAGAAUAUCUUUUCCUUUUGUGUAUUUUAACAAAGCCACAUGCUGGUUUUAGAAUAGCUUUCAACAUGUUUGACACUGAUGGCAACGAGAUGGUAGAUAAAAAGGAGUUUUUGGUGCUUCAAGAGAUAUUUAGGAAAAAAAAUGAAAAGAGAGAAACUAAAGGAGAUGAAGAAAAGCGUGCAAUGCUGCGUCUUCAACUUUAUGGAUACCAUUCUCCUACUAAUAGUGUACUUAAACCAGAUGCGGAGGAACUGGUUUCCAGAAGUUACUGGGAUACACUGAGACGUAACACAAGCCAAGCACUCUUUUCGGACCUUGCAGAGCGUGCUGAUGAUAUAACAAGUUUAGUAGCAGACACUACACUUCUUGUGCAUUUUUUUGGGAAGAAAGGAAAAGCUGAGCUCAACUUUGAAGAUUUUUAUAGAUUCAUGGAUAACCUCCAAACAGAAGUUCUAGAGAUAGAAUUCCUUUCCUACUCUAAUGGAAUGAAUACUAUCAGUGAAGAAGAUUUUGCUCAUAUUCUUUUACGAUAUACAAAUGUGGAAAAUACAUCAGUAUUUUUGGAAAAUGUGCGUUACAGUAUACCUGAAGAAAAGGGCAUCACAUUUGAUGAAUUCAGGUCAUUUUUCCAGUUUCUGAACAACCUAGAAGACUUUGCAAUAGCUCUGAAUAUGUAUAACUUUGCAAGUCGUUCUAUAGGCCAAGAUGAAUUUAAACGUGCUGUCUAUGUAGCUACUGGACUCAAACUUUCACCACAUUUAGUGAACACUGUCUUCAAGAUUUUUGAUGUUGACAAAGAUGAUCAAUUAAGUUAUAAAGAAUUUAUUGGAAUUAUGAAAGACAGACUCCAUAGAGGAUUCCGUGGUUAUAAAACAGUCCAGAAGUACCCCACUUUUAAAUCCUGCCUGAAAAAAGAACUUCAUAGCAGAUAAAUACUUCUAGAGCAAAAUUUAAAGGAUUACCAUCUAUGUGACAUACACAAGAAGCAAAAAUUUCAGGAAGUGGAAGCAGUUAUGAGAUCAGAACAUGUAGAAAAUGAAGGAAAAGUUGAAACACAAUGAAAUUUAUAUUUUCUUCUUGAGCUAUGAAGCAUAAAACAGAUUAAAAUGUGUCUUACUACAAAUGUUACAUACAUAUAAUCAAGUUGAGCUUUUGCAUUGAUUUACAGAACUCUGUACUUUUUCAUUCCCUUCAGAAGUAUGUGGAUACUUCUAAGACUAUAUAAGUUGUAUUUAAAUAUUUUUUAUUUAUUUGAAAUUUGCCUCAUAUCAAAAUAAUUUAUUACACUGAAUUGAAGAUCACCUAAAAAUGAACAAUGCAUUUUCUUUUAUUUUGAACUGUGUAACUUAUUUUCAGAAAAUGAAUAUUGCUUCAGGUUUAUCUUAGAACCAUUAGAAUUGUUAGUAAGUCUAUUAUUUAUAAGGUUUUUAAUUACAUUGAAAUAAUUCUGGAAAACAUAAAUUAAGCUAUUAAAUAAUAUGAUGGUUUACAGAGUGCUUUUAACUUUUAAAAGUACUUAAUUACCAUUUAGUUUGACCUGUGUAAAGUUUUUUAAAUUUUUAUUCAUUUACCAAAGUCAACAGAAUGUCUGGUAUUCUUUUAUGUAUAUGGUAAAGAAAUUUAAAAUGUAGGAUUUUUUUUUCUCUCCAAAAAAGUCAUAUAUUGACGCUAGCUGCAGCUGCUGUUGUAAUAGUAUAUUGUCUUCAGCAUGAUGCUGCUCCUGACUGAAGGUGGAAUUUGUUAAUAACACUAGGAAAAAUGUUUUACAGCUUUGUAACAUAUUGCUUAUUAUUGUUAUAUUUCUGUAGUGUCAAAAUAACUGUUAUAGAAGACUAAUAUAAAAUGGUUUAGAACACUGAUGUACAUAAUAAAUAGAAGCUAAUGUUUUGUUUCUUGCAAAAGGACCACAUGCAAGUGAUGCUGAAUAGUCAGUCAUAAUUAAUAACUAAUAAUAUAGUCUACUAAUUCAAAAGAAUAUGUCUUAAUAGGGAAAAUAAAAAUUUUCUGUUGAAAAGUAACAAAAUUAGGCCGGCGCCGUGGCUCAACAGGCUAAUCCUCCGCCUUGCGGCGCCGGCACACCGGGUUCUAGUCCCGGUCGGGGCACCGAUCCUGUCCCGGUUGCCCCUCUUCCAGGCCAGCUCUCUGCUGUGGCCAGGGAGUGCAGUGGAGGAUGGCCCAAGUGCUUGGGCUCUGCACCCCAUGGGAGACCAGGAGAAGCACCUGGCUCCUGCCAUCGGAACAGCGCGGUGCGCCGGCCGCAGUGCGCUACCGCGGCGGCCAUUGGAGGGUGAACCAACGGCAAAAGGAAGACCUUUCUCUCUGUCUCUCUCUCUCACUGUCCACUCUGCCUGUAAAAAAAAAAAAAAAAAAGAAAAGAAAAGUAACAAAAUUAGAAUUUCAAGUGGAGCUAUACUUUGUUAUUACUAAACAGGAAUUUGCUCAGUUAAGAACGUUUAGUUUAUGCAAGGAUAGUAUACAAAAAUAGAAGUGAUUUAAAUUAAUAUAUUUAUUUACUGCAUGUGGAAGGUAAGUUCAUUUAUUCCUAAGACAUAUUUAUUAUAAGUUACAUACACUCCAACCAUUACCUUGCUUUCACAUUUGAAAUUAGGAAACACUGACUUUGUUUUUAAAAGUUACUCAAUGUGAAAUUGAUCUGCAUUUGUUUAUUUAUAAAAGUAAAGUUAUUUAUAAAAAAUGUUAUAUUACUAUUGAUUUUUUAUUUGUUAGACUUUUUAGAUUUUCUCCCUGGUAUUAUUUAUUAUACUAACAUACACAAACAUUCAUAAAUUUUAGAAUCCUAUAUAGUAUGAUAAUUUAAUUUCACCUGCUUUAAAGGCCAAUUCAAUUGACAAUUGAUGAAACAGAAAUGCCUGCCCAUUCAUAUAAUAUGCUGAACUCUAUUUUACCUUACAAUGAAUGUUCUCAAUAUUAUUUGAUAUCUAAAAUUUUUAAUACUAUUUAAUUUUUAAUCCUUGACUGUAUGUUAUAUUAUUUUGCAUACUUGGAAAGUCUUAUAAAUACAGAUCAAAAAUUGAAUUAGCCCAUUAAAAUUAUUUACAAUUCUGCCAUUCUCCCAAGGAAGAAUAUGAAACUAUAUAUAUACACUCAUUAUUCUUUACUGCUUAUCAGAAUGCAUACAUAACUAUCUGUUUACAAGGCUACAGUAUAAUAUUAAAGCGAGAAUAAAUAAGAUACUCUGAUCAAUCAAAAUGGAAAAAUAGUUAAAUUAGUGAUUCCUUUUAUAUUAUCAUGCUGGAUCUUUAUCAUUUAUAAAAUGAGAGAUAAAAGUAUUUCACUGGAUUGUUGUUUACAUCAAUUUAAAACUUUUAAAUUUUUUAAAAAUAAUUUACUGACUCCAUGUAUGUAAUUAUUUUCACUACCUCCUUCUAUAAAUUAUUCUUUGGAAAGAUUAAGUUAUACAUGUAAUUUCAGUGUAAAUUUUUACAGAAACCCUAUGUGACAAAUAGUUUAUGGUACUUGUCAGAAUCAUUUCACAAAAAGAAAUUCAUGUAACUAAAGUUCCAAUUUAUUGUUCUUAUAAAUUAUAAAGCAACCUGUCUUAGAUUCUUAUCUUAAAAUAAAUAUAAGUACCCUUGAACCAAGAAACAUUGUACUUUGCUUUUAUAUAUUGACAUCUUUCUGAAAAAUGCCACCUCCAAACUUGGGAAGUCUGUAUGGAUUAUCAAACUUCCAUUGAUCAUAUACCCUCUGGCAUGGCAAUACAUGCCAAUGAAACUGCUGUCAUCAACAGUUGUCAGUAAGUAAAUCCCAGGGCCAGAAAGCCUUUCAGAGUAUCUUUAGGAUUCCUGUAUUAUACAGCUAUGGUCAUUGGUACUGGAAAGUCUUUCAGAAAAAUCUACAUGUGACUAAAUGUAGUAUCAGUAUUGCUUCAGAAAAAUGAUUGUUUAAAUGGCUUAAAAUAAUUGACCCAAAACUAUAGAAGUCCCUGUGUUACUGAUGGUAUUGUGUAAGCACAGAAUUACUAAGACAAUGCCUAGAAAUUUUCCAGUUUUCUAAGUAAAUUAGUUAUUAUCCUACUUCUUAUGGAUAUAUGAUAAUCACUUUUUAAAAAGUCAUUUUACUUCCAAAGGAUAUAAAAUAUGAAUUGUAUACUAUUUCAAGGAAUACAAUAAAAAUUU